CUACUAAACUCUAACCAAUGGACAAUCAUAACUUACAAUCUAUAUUCAGUUAUCUAUGUGGAAUUAAAUUUUAUUAAAUUUAAAUUUACAUGAUUUAGAAUUUUUAAUAUUUACAUGAUUUCAAUUUAUUUUCUAUCAAUUUUUUUUAUAAAUUAAUUAAAAUUAAAUACAUAAAUAUGUUUCUUAAAAAGUUUUUUUUUAGAUUAGUAGUCUUCUCGAGAAGUCUUCUGGAAAAGAUUACAUUAUCUCGAGAAAACUUCUCAGCACUAUAAUCGUAAAAAAAAAUAUUUUUGUUUGUUCAUAAGGAGAUAUUUAUAAAUUCACUAUCAUUUUAAGUUAUUUUUUUUUGGAUCGAAUUUGAGCUAUAGAUUGUUAUUUAAAUUCAAAAUUUUAAGUUAUUUUUGACAAAUUCCCCUUCAUGUAAUGUUUAUACUUAAAUAGAAUAGAUAUUGCUGUAAAUGAAAAAUUAGAAUAUUAAAUUAUUCUUACAAGUACAAAAAUUAGAUUUAUAAAGUUAAUAAUAUAUAUCAGAUAUACGAUACAUGCAUGGAUUUGGUGGUAUAUUGUUUCGUGAAUCAGCCCAUCUUCUCGAAGAUAUAGAUCAAAGGAAAUAGAAGAUUUUGUCGAAGGAAUCCAAGAUGUCAUGCCCUAGACCAUGUUUCGCAACAGCUUUUGAGGUAUUAUUGAGCAGUGAUGACAAAAAGGAACGAAACUCAGACUUUAAUGCAUCUACCAAGUUGAAGCACUCUCUCAACCAAAAGAGCGGAAGAAGAAAAAGUGAUGCUAUCUCCAUUGAGGAUGUCAGGGAUGUGGAGGAGCUCCAGGCCGUUGAUGCCUUCCGACAUGCAUUGUUAACCGACGAGCUGCUUCCAAGUAGACACGAUGACUAUCGCAUGAUGUUGAGGUUCUUGAAAGCCAGGAAUUUUGACAUUGAGAAAGCAAAACUCAUGUGGGCUGAUAUGAUACAAUGGAGGAAAGAGUUUGGCACUGAAACCAUUCUUCAGGAUUUUGAUUUCGAAGAGAUUAAUGAAGUUCUGGAGUAUUACCCGCACGGUUAUCACGGUGUUGAUAAAGAAGGCAGGCCUAUUUACAUUGAAAGACUGGGGAAAGUUGAUCCUAACAGACUCAUGCAAGUUACAAGCAUGGAUCGAUAUGUAAGAUAUCAUGUAAAGGAGUUUGAGAGGGGCUUUAUGAUCAAGUUUCCUUCCUGCACAAUUGCUGCUAAGAAGCAUAUUGACUCCAACACAACUAUUUUAGAUGUUCAGGGACUGGGAUUGAAAAACUUUACCAAGUCUGCUCGGGAGCUUAUCACACGAUUACAAAAGAUCGGUGGGGAUUAUUAUCCUGAGACUCUACACCAAAUGUUUAUUGUGAAUGCAGGGCCUGCAUUCAGACUGCUUUGGAGUACUGUGAAGAACUUUAUAGACCCAAAAACAACAUCCAAAAUUCAUGUCCUUGGAUACAACUAUAUGACCAAAUUGCUUGAAGUGAUUGAUGUCAAUGAGUUGCCUGAGUUCUUGGGAGGUGCAUGUACUUGCGCGGAUCAAGGUGGUUGCAUGCUUUCUGACAAGGGACCAUGGAAAAACCCGGAGAUUGUGAAGAUGGUGCUUCAUGGGGGAGCAUAUCGGACGAAGCAAGUGGUGAAAGUUUUGAACAGCGUGGGGAAAGUCAUUGAUUAUCCAUGGAUAAAUGGAAGUGACACUUCCACUGCAGAGUCUGGAUCUGAUGCAGAAGAUAUUGGGUGAAACGAGCUUGGCCGGUAGUUUUCCGGGCUAUAAUGAGUAUGCACCCAGUGGCGGAGCUAUGUAGUGGGGGAGGAGGGGGGUCAGCGUCACCCCUAUCACUUCUAUAUAAAAAAAAGAAAAGAUAUUUCAAUUAUGUUUGUUAGGUAGUUGUUCGAAUCUUUAGUUUGAUCCCCAUGUUUUAAGAUCAAAUCUCUCCCUUGACCCAACUUAAUACUCUCUUUUUUCAGUCUCUGCUUUUUUUUUUCUUUUUUUGGUAAAAACCAUUGUGUUUUCUCUUUUGGUUUGAUAUUUUAGAACUAUUUAUUAUAGAGAUUUUUGUUUCUACUAUGGGACAUAUAUAUUAACAAUAUAUAGUUUUUAUACAUAAGAGUAUAACAUUUUUUUUUACAUUUUUUGGUUACAAAUUAGGUGUGAAGGAAUGACGAAUAGUAAACAUAAGCUUUCAGUUUUUUUUCAAUAGACAAACAACAGAAACAAUUACAGAAAGCAUAUCUCCACAUUUUAAUCUUUAAUACUCUUCGCGAGUAAUUUUAUGUUUAUAUAUAUAUGGUUU